UGUGAGAGAGACAGAGGAAAAGAGAGGGGGAGAGAGAAGUGCAGUUGCAUUCCUGAAGAGAGAGAUCCCUGCCCCUUCCUCCUCCUUCCUCCUCCUUCCUCUCUUCCCCUCUAGUUUCCCAGCCGGCGGCGGCAGAGAGGGAUUUUUAACCCGGGCUGCAGAUGCGGGGAGCUGGGCUGCGGAGUGAAAGAGACACUGGUAGUCCGUAGGGAAGUUGUGGAAAGGAGGCUCGGCGCAAAAAUUAACGCAAUAGUUUUAACUUUUGUUUUCGGACGCCCCGGGCGGUAAAUUUUAAUUCUAGGAAAGUUAACUUUUGGGGUUACAUCCGUGUGGUGGUCAUGGGCUCCCAGCGGACAGUCCGGGCCGGCCGGACAGCGCUGCUCCUAGCGGGGCUGCUCGCGGCUCUGUUGCAGCGCUGCACCGCAAGUUGCCCGGAGAAAGACUUGGAGGACAGGGAAGAGGAGGCCAACAUAGUUUUGACCGGCACAGUGGACGAAAUUAUUAACAUGGACCCGGUGCAUAAUACCUAUUCUUGCAAGGUCAGGGUGUGGCGCUACUUGAAAGGGAAGGGUCAAGUCAACCGUGAAAUUCUCCUGGAUGGCGGCAACAAGCUGAUGAUCGGCGGCUUUGGCAACCCCGGGAUCUGCGACAAUCAAGUAGCCACGGGCGACACUCGCAUAUUCUUUCUCAAUCCUGCCCCGGAGUCCAUGGGGCCAGAACACAAGAACGAACUUAUGCUCAACUCAAGUCUGAUGAGGAUUACCCUGCGCAACCUGGAGGACGUGGAGCACUGUGUGGAAGACAAACCUCCUCACUUCACACUGGCCCAGGCUCCUGAUGGCUGCAGAGGGAUGCUGUGUGGCUUCGGCGCUGUAUGUGAGCGAGACCCAAAUGACCCCGGCAAAGCUGAGUGUGUUUGCAAGAGAGUGGAUUGUCCGUCCUUGGUAGCGCCUGUUUGUGGCUCCGAUUCAUCCACCUACUCCAACGAGUGCGAGUUGGAGAAAGCACAGUGCAACGCACAGCGACGCAUCAAGGUGCUGCGCAAGGGACCCUGCUCUCUGAAGGACCCCUGCACCGAGGUGACCUGUAGCUACGGCAGCACCUGUGUCCAGUCGUCAGAUGGCUUGUCGGCUAAAUGCAUGUGCCCCCUCGGCUGCGAGGGCACACCGGAGAAGACUGUGUGCGGCAGUGAUGGAAAGGACUACCGCAACGAGUGCGAGCUUCAUCAGCACGCCUGCAAGAACCAGAAGAACAUACGAGUGCAAUACCAAGGGCACUGCGACCCGUGUAAAGACAGCGAGAACAGUCUGAACACAAUGUGCCGGGUCGAGGCCCACACCCGCCAGCCCCUCAUCUACAGCCCACCGGAAUCAUGCCCCCCAAGUCUGGAGCCACUGUGCGCCAGCGACGGCCAAACCUACCGCAGCGAGUGCGCCAUGACAUCUACAGGCAUUCAGAAAGGCAUCAAGCUCAGGAAGAUCCAUGCAGGACCGUGCAGAAGGCAGGAGGAGUGUAAGGAGGAGUGUCUCUUCAACGCCGUGUGUCUGGUGGAGCAGCUGACCGCCCGCUGCUCCUGCGAUCCCAUCGAGUGCGACGGGACUUACAAGCCUGUUUGCGGCAAGGACGGCCACACCUACACCAACGACUGUGUGCGACGCAAGGCGGAGUGUCUGGGCAGGACCCUCAUCCCCAUCAAGCACCAAGGGCCUUGUGAUCUCAACGUACUGAGCCCCUGCUUGGAUAAGGUGUGCGAUCAUGGGGCGGUGUGCGUGGUCAAGAACAACGAGCCGGUGUGCGAGUGCCCCGAGGCCUGCCCGCAAACGUCCGACCCGGUGUGUGGAUCCGACGGCCACAGUUACGGCAGCCCCUGCGAGAUGCGAGCCAUGGGUUGUGCCCUUCAGAAGGCCAUUCUCAUCCAACACAAAGGACCCUGCGAUGAGACUUGUGCCAACUGCUCCUUUGGGGCAAUCUGUGAUGCCCAGAGUGGGCAGUGUGUUUGUGCAUCGGAGUGUGUGGAGUCCCACCAGCCCGUGUGUGGCAGCGAUGGCACUACCUACAACAGCGAGUGUGAGCUGCAUGUGCGGGCCUGCAAAGAACAGAUGGACCUCCGAGUGGUCAGCCAGGGAGAGUGCAAAACAUGCGGCAGCACUGUUUGUGCCUGGGGCGCGCGGUGUGUCCAGAAUAAGUGCGAGUGCCCACAGUGCUCAGGCGAGGCCUUCUCUCCGGUGUGUGGAAGUGACGGCACUACCUACGACAAUGAGUGUGAACUUCACGUGUCCUCCUGCAUGCAGAAGAGGAGAAUUGAUGUGGCAAAGCGCGGCAGCUGUGAUGAAGAUUGUGGCUCAGGAGGGUCAGGUUCAGGCUUGGAGAGCUGCGAACAGGACCGCUGUCGCAUGUUUGGAGGCUCAUGGGACGAGGACGCAGAAGACGACCGCUGUGUGUGUGACUUCACGUGUCAAAGUGUGCCCCACAACCCGGUUUGUGGCUCAGAUGGAAAAACCUAUAGCAACGAGUGUGAGCUGAAGAAGGCCAGAUGUGAGAAACAAGAGCACUUGUUGAUUCAGAACCAGGGACCCUGUGCAGUGAUUUCAGCCACAUCUCCGCCUGAGCCGACAGCACCCCAGCACUGCAGCCUGUCUGUGUACGGAUGCUGCUCCGACAACGUGACGGCUGCCUUAGGUGUCGGACUGGCUGGAUGUCCCAGUACCUGUUUGUGUAAUGUCUAUGGCUCCUACAAGGGGACAUGUGAUCCAGCCACCGGUCAGUGCUCUUGUAAGCCCGGUGUUGGGGGACAGAAGUGCGACCGCUGUGAACCGGGCUUCUGGAACUUCCGUGGCAUUGUGACGGAGAACAUAAGCGGCUGCACACCAUGUAACUGCGACGCUACGGGCUCCGUCCGGGACGACUGCGAACAGAUGUCGGGUCUGUGUUCCUGCAAGACAGGAGUGAAGGGCAUGAAGUGCAAUGUGUGUCCAGAUGGAAGCAAGAUGGGCAUGAAUGGCUGCGACAAAGGUCCAAAUACCAUGACUUCAUGUGAAGAGUUGGUGUGCAAUUUUGGAGCUUCUUGCAUCGAGGAGAACGGCCAAGCCCACUGUGAGUGUCCUUCGCCUGACUGCGAUGAGAAAAACAAAACCAAGGUGUGUGGCUCAGAUGGGGUGACCUAUGCUGACCAGUGCCAGCUGAGGACCAUAGCCUGUAGGCAGGACAAGGACAUCACAGUGCAACACUUUGGACAAUGCACAGAAACCAUCUCCGAGCCGGCAGAACGACCCACCCUUAUCCCCCCCGCCUCUCACCCCAGCUCAACCUCUGCCGCCACCAUCACCACCCCUGCCCCCCUCCACCCCAACGUGGUGUGGGCCAUCCCGCCUCCGAGGACAACGGAGACAGAGACAGAGCCGUCCCCGGCCACCACCCCCUCUUCCACCAUCACCCACAAACCCUCGCGAUCAAACCACCGCCACUCCAUCCACACCCAGCCUCAGCCGCCGCGGUCCACCGCCGCAGCCGCCGCCACCACCACCUCCUCCUCUCGCAGCAGGCCUACCCCCUCCGCUGCUGCGGUCUCCUUCGAGGGCUCGGGCAGCGGGGAGCCAAGCGGAGACGACCAGACAGAGGAGGGGGAGGAGGAUCUGGAAGAGGAAGCCGGUAGCGGCGUCCCAACAGAGGCCAGUGGGGCAGAGGAGCCUGUCGGUCCCACAGUGGCAAGCACCACUGUACCCACAGCUGAGGACAGGUCUUCCUGUGACAACAUGGCGUUCGGCUGCUGCCCUGACGGCAAGACACCGUCCAGCACUCCAGAGGGCGCCAACUGUCCCUCUACCAUGAGAUUCAGCGGUUUCCUGCACUUGGACCAGGUGGAGGGACAGGAAGUUUUCUACACCCCCGAGAUGGAAGACCCUAAGUCGGAGCUGUUUGGAGAGACGGCCCGCAGCAUAGAGAGCGCUCUCAAUGAGUUAUUCAGGAAGUCGGAGGUGCGCAGAGACUUUAUGAGCGUUCGUGUCCGUAACCUGGCACCCAGCAACUCCAUCCUGGCCUUUGUGGAGGCCCACUUCAAACCAGAUACAAGAUACACGGUGGAGGACAUCGAAGGAGCCCUGCUGAAACAGCUGAAGGCCUCCAGAGAGACUAGCAUCGCCGUGAAGAAGCCGGAGGACGAGAAUAUACGCUUCACCAAUUAUGGCCUCUCCUCCAUCCCCUUCUUCACCACCACCACCACCACCACAGCGUCGAUAACCACAGCCGCUCCCACCACAACUACCACCACAACCACCACCAGGCCUCCGCCAACCUCCCCCUACAUCACCCGUCGCCCGCCGGGCACUACCCGCAGGCCCUACAACAACAGGCGCACCACCACCACCACCUCAGCGCCGGUCACCACACCACUCCCCACCACCACCAAAGCAGCCAUCACCACGACCGCGCUGCCUCCCGCCACCACCGUUGCCCACGUCAGAGGAAAACUUCACCACAAGGCCCAGAAGCCCUGCGACUCCCACCCCUGCCUCCACGGGGGGACCUGCGAGGAAGACGGCAACGACUUCAGCUGCAAGUGCCCCGCCGGACGAGGAGGCGCCGUGUGUGAGAAGGUGAUCAAGUACUUCAUCCCAUCAUUUGGCGGCCAGUCCUACUUGGCCUUCCAAACCAUGAGCGCUUAUCACACGGUCCGCAUCGCCAUGGAGUUCAGAGCGUCCGAGAUGACGGGCAUCCUGCUCUACAACGGCCAGGACGGCAAGAAGGACUUCAUCUCUCUGGCUCUGGUCAACAGCAGGGUGGAGCUCAGGUUCAACACAGGUUCGGGCACAGGCACCUUGGUUAGCAAAGUCCAAAUCAGCCAAGGCCGCUGGCAUCAGCUGGUGGUUACUCGCAAUCGACGCAACGCCAUGCUCAGCGUGGACAACGAGCCGCACAUUGAGGGCGAGAGUCCACGUGGCACAGAUGGCCUGAACCUCGACACCCACCUUUUCAUUGGAGGAGUAACCGAGGAAAUGAAGCAGGAUGUAAGGGAAAGAACAGCGGUGGCCACAGGUCUGGUAGGCUGCAUCCGCUUGCUUGAUGUCAACAACCGGGUGCUCAACCUGCAGGAGAACGGGGGCGACAGUCUGUACGGCAGCGGUGUGGGUGAAUGUGGCAACAACCCCUGCCAGCCAAAUCCAUGCAAGAACGGUGCAGCAUGCCAGGUCAAGGAGGCAGAGAUGUUCCACUGCAAGUGCAGCAAAGGAUUCUGGGGUCCAACUUGUGCUGACGUCCAUGACCCAUGCGAGCCCAACAGGUGCCAUCAAUCCUCCCAGUGCCAGGCGCUGCCCGAGGGAGGCUACAAGUGCGAGUGUCCAAUGGGACGUGAAGGGAGGCACUGUGAGAAAGUGACUGAGAGAAGAGGGGCUUACAUGCCACUAUUCAACGGAGACUCUUACCUGGAGCUGAAGGGGCUGCAUCUCUACGGCCAUGAUCUGCGUCAAAAGGUCAGCAUGACAGUGGUUCUCAUGGCCAACGACUCCAACGGUUUGAUCUUCUACAACGGCCAAAAAACGGACGGAAGAGGAGACUUCAUCUCUCUGUCCCUCAAUGAAGGGAUCCUGGAGUUCCGCUACGACCUGGGCAAGGGACCUGCUACCAUCAGGAGUAAGGAACCCAUCCAGCUUAACGUGUGGAACGUCAUCGACCUGGAGCGCUCCAACCGCAAAGGAGAGAUCAUGGUGAACAAGAAGGACCCUGUCCGAGGAGAGGCACCAAACCUGCACGUAGAUCUUAACCUGAAAGAGUCUCUCUUUGUCGGUGGAGCUCCCGAUUACAGCCGGCUGGCAAGAGUCGCUGCUCUCACAGAUGGCUUCAAGGGAACAAUCCAAAAGAUCAUUCUGAUGGGUACGCCCAUCCUCAGAGAGGAGAAUGCCCAGCGUUCCAGCAACGUUGCCAUGUUCCAAGAACAUCCAUGUUCCCAGGAGCCCUGUCACAAUGGCGGGCGCUGCAACCCCCAGCUGGACACCUACGAGUGCGUUUGCCUCAGCGGUUUCUCAGGGGGACACUGUCAGAACGCCAUUUACGAGAAGUCUGCCGGGGAGACCGAGGCCAUCGCCUUUGAUGGGCGGACGUUCAUCGAGUACCACAAUGCUGUUACAAAGAGUGAGAAGGCUCUGCUGGUGAACAAAUUUGAGCUGAGUAUCCGGACGGAGGCAACUCAGGGCCUGGUGCUGUGGAGCGGGAAGGGUGUGGAGCGCUCAGACUACAUCGCUCUGGCCAUCGUGGACGGACACGUCCAGAUGACGUACGACUUGGGCUCCAAGCCCGUGGUGCUGCGCUCCUCCGUGCGUGUCAACACCAACCGCUGGAUACGCAUCAAGGCCAGCAGAGCACUCAGAGACGGCUCUCUACAGGUUGGCAAUGAGGCAGCGGUAACAGGGUCAUCGCCUUUGGCAGCAACACAGCUGGACACAGACGGAGCGCUCUGGUUGGGUGGUCUGGAGGAGCUGGCCGUGGCCCGUCGGUUGCCCAAGGCCUACAGCACCGGUUUUGUCGGCUGCGUCAAGGAUGUCGUCGUGGACGGCGUGGAGCUCCACCUGGUGGAAGACGCCUUAAACAGCCCCAAAAUAUUACACUGUUCCGCCGCAAAAUAACCCGGCAGAGACAACAUGUUGAGAGAAAUGGAGAAAAAAAAAAAACAAGAUACCCUCCCACCCGCUCCCUCCAUAGCGCCCAUGUCUCCUGCUGUAAUUAUUUUCUAUUUUUGUAUACUUUUCAUCGCUUUUUAUAUGGAAAGAAAAUGAAUAUGUUGUUUUAAUUUUUG